CUUCUCAGCUUCCUUCCUAUUUCAGGUGCAUUGUGGGCAGAGAAAAAUGUAACAGGAGUUGUGGGAAGAGCGAUCACAAUCGAUUGUCACUAUGAAGCAACGUACAGCUCACACACAAAGUAUUGGUGCCAUGGAUGGAGUCGUCAUUGUUCAGUUUUAGUGGAAACAAAUGAGCAUCAUGGACAGCGUGGACGAAUAUCAAUCACAGAUAACCCGGAACGGAGGAUAUUUACUGUUACAAUGAAGGAUCUUCGCUCUGAAGAUACAGGAUGGUACAGCUGUGCUAUUACAACAUCAGGUUAUGACCCAAUGUUUAACGUACAUCUGCAAGUAACUGACGUUUCAGGUGCAUUGUGGGCAGAGAAAAGUGUAACAGGAGUUGUGGGAAGAGCGAUCACAAUCGAUUGUCACUAUGAAGCAAUGUACAGCUCACACACAAAGUAUUGGUGCCAUGGAUGGAGUCGUCAUUGUUCAGUUUUAGUGGAAACAAAUGGGCAUCACGGACAGCGUGGACGAGUAUCAAUCACAGAUAACCCGGAACGGAGGAUAUUUACAGUUACAAUGGUGGAUCUUCGCUCUGAAGAUACAGGAUGGUACAGCUGUGCAAUUGCAACAUCAGGUUAUGAUCCAAUGCUUAACGUACAUCUGCAAGUAUCUGACGAACCUGUGUCCACUCCUGUGCUUCGGUAUCUGUCACCAGCAAAUGUGUCACCAAAUGUCUCACGUCUCGGGGUCUCGGUGUCAGUUUCCUCUGAGUCUCUCCAGGGAUCCCUUCCCAUUCAGUACACAUGGUAUGAACAAACCUCAUCUGAGCAUCCAAAGAUCUCAGGUACCAAUGAACUGGCUCUACAUUGUCAAUCCCUCAACCGGCAGCACCAUCAAUAUUACUGCAGUGCCUCAAAUUGGCUUGGAACAAGAUUCAGUGCAAUGGUUAAUGUGACAGUCUUCAAAAAUGGAGAGAUCUGCACUUACGUGACAGAAAUCAACAGCACCAUUUCAGGUGCUUUAUGGGCAGAAGAUAAAGUAAGAGGAGUUGUGGGAAGAGCGAUCACAAUCGAUUGUCACUAUGCACCAAUGUACCGUUCACACACAAAGUAUUUGUGCCGCAUGUGGGGUCACCAAUGCACAUCGUCAGUGAAUACAAAUGGGACAAAUGAGCAGUAUGAAAGAAUGACAAUCAGAGAUAACACAUCCCAGGGAAUAUUUACUGUUACUAUGGAGAAUCUUGUCUCUAAUGAUACAGGACUUUACAGAUGUGGAGUUACAUCUGGCAAUCAUCCAGUGUUUGAUGUGUAUUUACAAGUAUCUGAUGAACCUGUGUCUGUUCCUGUGCUUCGAUAUCUGUCACCAGCAAAUGUCUCACGUCUCGGGGGCUCAGGGUCAGUUUCCUAUGAGUCUCUCCAGGGAUCCCUUCCCAUUCAGUACACAUGGUAUGAACAAACCUCAUCUGGGCAUCCACAGAUCACAAAUACCAAUGAACUGGCUCUACAUUGUCAAUCCUUGGACCACCAGUACCAUCAAUAUUACUGCAGUGCCUCGAAUAAAUUUGGAGAAGAAAUCAGUGGAACAGUUAAAAUGACAAUCUUCAGCAAUGGAGAGAUCUGCAGUUAUGUGACAGAAAUCAAUGGCACCAUUUCAGGUGCUUUAUGGACAGAAGAUAAAGUAAGAGGAGUUGUGGGAAGAGCGACCACAAUCGAUUGUCACUAUGCACUGCAGUGUGGAAGAAUGACAAUCAGAGAUAUCACAUCUCAGGGAAUAUUUACUGUUACUAUGGAGAAUCUUGACUCUAAUGGUACAGGGCAUUACAGAUGUGGCAUUACAACAUCUGGCAAACAUCAAGUGUUUGAUGUGUAUUUACAAGUAUCUGACGCACCCUGGUGCGUGUGUGAGCUUGGAGACACCAAAGCACAACUGCCUGACAUUGCCCCAGUGGAGAGGCUCAGGAAAGCCUGGCAAGGCAGAACAUGUCCUGAAUUUGCUGCAAGCCGCAAAACAAUGUGGAUUCUGGUUCUUUUCAUCUGUUCACUGCCCGUUUCAGGUGCAUUGUGGGCAGAGAAAUAUGUAAGAGAAGUCGUCGGAAGAGCGAUCACAGUCGAUUGUCACUAUGAAGAAAAGUACCGCUCACACACAAAGUAUUGGUGCGAUGGAUGGAUUCACCAAUGUUCAGUUGUAGUGGAAACAAAUGGGCAACACAGACGGAAAGGACGAGUGUCAAUCACAGAUAACCCAGAACGGAGAAUAUUUACUGUUACUACGGAGGAUCUUCGCUCUGGAGAUACAAGGUGGUACAGCUGUGGAAUUACAACAGCAGGUGUCGAUACGAGAUCUAGUGUACAUCUACAAGUAUCUGAUGAUCCUGUGUCUGUUCCUGUGCUUCGAUAUCUGUCAUCGGCAAAUGUCUCCCGUCUCGGGGGCUCAAUGUCAGUUUCCUGUGAGUCUCUCCAGGGAUCCCUUCCCAUUCAGUACACAUGGUAUGAACAAACCUCAUCUGGGCAUCCGAAGAUCUCAGAUACCAAUAAACUGGCUCUACAUUGUCAAUCCUUCAAACAGCUGCACCAUCAAUAUUACUGUAGUGCCUCGAAUUGGAUUGGAGCGAGAUCCAGUGCAAUGGUUGAUGUGACAGUCUUCAACAACGGAGAGAUCUGCAGCUACGUGACAGAAAUCAAUGGCACUAUUUCAGGUGCAUUGUGGGCAAAGAAAUAUCAAAGAGGAGUUGUGGGAAGAGCGAUCACAAUCGAUUGUCACUAUGAAGCAAAGUACCGCUCACACACAAAGUAUUGGUGUCAUGGAUGGACUCACCAAUGUUCAGUUUUAGUGGAAACAAAUGGGCAACACAGACGGAGUGGACGAGUGUCAAUCACGGAUAACCCAGAACAGGGAAUAUUUAAUGUUACUAUGGAGAAUCUUCGCUCUGGAGAUACAGGAUGGUACAGCUGUGGAAUUACAACACCAGGUCUCGAUCCAAUGUUUCAUGUACAUCUACAAGUAUCUGAUGAACCCGUGUCUGUUCCUGUGCUUCAAGUUCUGUCACGAGCAAAUGAAUCGUGUGUCGGGGGCUCAGUGUCAGUUGACUGUGAAUCUGUUCAAGGAUCCCUUCCAAUUCAGUACUCAUGGUAUGAAAAGACCUCAUCUGUGGAAUCAAAGAUCUCUGACACCAGUAAACUGAAUCUACAUUGUCAAUCCUUCAAACACCAGCACCAUCAAUAUUACUGCAGUGCCUCAAAUACUCGUGGAGUGAAAUCCAGCGAAAUGGUCAAUGUGGCAGUGUUCAACAGCACUUGGGACUGCAGUUAUCAGCUGCAAUUCAGUCACACUGAAACUAAAUAUUCCUGUGUAAAUAAUUCUGGCCACUCCAAAAUUACAGAAAAUUCCGAAGACAAUUACGACAAAGACAAUCAAUCCCCUUCCCCUGAAAGGUUAACUAAAGUAAUUAUGCUCAGCAUCACUGGCAUUGUUCUCAUGAUGAUCUUCACCGGCCUACUUUUGUAUCUGAAGUGUAAAAACAGGGACUCCAAGUACAACACGUCUCAGAGAAAAGGCAGCAAUGAAACUCGGGAACUGGCAUCUUUGGAAGGGAGCACCAUUUACACAAAUCUGCAUCAACAUCAGAGCAAAAAGGCAGCUGCCUUGCUGGUGAACGAUGAUGGUGGGAUCAUGUAUUCAGCAGUGGAAUUUCAAAGAAAGUCGACAGUAAGGCACCCGGUAACCAAUGAGAAGAAUGCUAUCUACACUAAUGUUGAUUUUCAAAACAACUCCCCAUUGGAUGGUGGGAAAGCUCCCUCUACAGGCACUCUGCAGGACCCUAAGCAGACAAUUUAUGCCUCUGUUGCUCCUUAGGAAAACUCAUUUCCUGGACGUGUGCUGUUUAUUACUGUACCUUUGCUCUAUUGUUGUGAUGCAGGACCAUGAUAUAUAGGAACUGAAUGAGGCUAUCUGGCCCAUUGAUUGUGCUCUGACAUUCCAUCUUGGCUGAUUUAUUU